ACUCAGCUACGGUUUUGUGAGUUGGGGGGAUGGGGCCGUGCCGAGGAUGAUCGACUUCGAAUAUUUAGCAAAUCUAACAAUUUCCCAAUUUAUAUUCCCUUAUUUUGUACCGAACUACUUUUCCAUCACGCAUGACUUUCGGUUGGAACUCACCAACUUGAAGUGGAGUAUUUUUACGCCCACGACAGUGGUUUAAAAGUCGACAAAAUGUAUCCCACUGCUGGAGCUACAGAGAUGUUUGAGGGGCCUCGUUCUUCUGGGUCAGCCAGCUCUGAGCCACCGUCAUCCCCAGUGCCAGAAUAUGUGUUCAAGCCACCCUCGAGGCCCGACUUUGGCACCAUGGGCAGGACAAUCAAGCUUCAGGCCAAUUUCUUUGAGAUGGAAAUCCCCAAACUGGAAGUGUACCAUUAUGACAUUGACAUCAAGCCAGAGAAAUGCCCUCGGAGGGUCAACCGUGAAAUUGUGGAGCACAUGGUCCAGCACUUUAAAACUCAGAUUUUUGGGGAUCGAAAGCCGGUGUAUGAUGGCAGGAAGAACUUGUACACUGCCAUGCCCUUGCCCAUAGGCAAAGACAAGGUGGAACUGGAGGUGACCAUUCCAGGGGAGGGCAAGGACCGCAGCUUCAAAGUAUCCAUCAAGUGGGUGUCGUGCGUUAGCCUGCAAGCCCUGCACGAGGCGCUGUCAGGGCGGCUACCCAGCGUCCCCUUUGAGACCAUCCAAGCUCUGGAUGUCGUCAUGAGACAUUUGCCCUCUAUGAGGUAUACUCCAGUGGGUCGUUCUUUCUUCACUCCCUCAGAAGGCUGUUCAAAUCCCCUGGGUGGUGGCAGAGAGGUGUGGUUUGGCUUCCACCAAUCUGUCAGGCCUUCGCUUUGGAAAAUGAUGCUCAAUAUUGAUGUUUCAGCCACCGCGUUCUAUAAAGCUCAGCCUGUAAUUGAGUUCAUGUGCGAGGUCUUGGAUUUCAAAAGCAUUGAAGAACAACAGAAGCCAUUAACAGACUCUCAAAGAGUUAAAUUUACCAAAGAAAUUAAAGGCCUGAAAGUGGAGAUCACACACUGUGGACAGAUGAAGAGAAAAUACAGAGUGUGCAAUGUGACCAGAAGACCUGCCAGCCAUCAAACGUUCCCCCUGCAACAGGAAAACGGCCAAACGAUUGAAUGCACCGUGGCGCAGUACUUCAAAGAUAAGUACAAACUCAUCCUGCGAUACCCCCACCUGCCAUGUCUACAAGUUGGGCAGGAGCAAAAGCACACCUACCUGCCUCUAGAAGUGUGUAACAUCGUUGCGGGACAGCGCUGCAUCAAAAAACUGACAGACAAUCAGACCUCCACGAUGAUCCGUGCCACUGCUAGAUCAGCACCUGACCGUCAGGAUGAAAUUAGUAAACUGAUGCGAAGCGCCAAUUUCAACACUGACCCGUACGUCCGGGAAUUUGGCGUGAUGGUGAGGGACGAGAUGACGGAAGUGAACGGCCGUGUCCUCCAAGCACCCUCCAUUCUGUAUGGAGGCAGGGUAUGUCCAUCAGCAGUUGUAAGUACAGUGAUGGCUAAAGAUGGCUUCCGGGGAAUAUUGCGACAUUGUCGCUUUUAUUGUCCUUUCCAGAACAAGGCGAUCGCCACGCCAAUCCAGGGCGUGUGGGACAUGAGGAACAAGCAAUUCCACACGGGCAUCGAAAUCAAAGUAUGGGCCAUUGCGUGCUUCGCGCCACAGAGACAGUGCACUGAACUCCUACUCAAAGCAUUCACAGAUCAGCUCAGGAAGAUCUCCCGCGAUGCAGGCAUGCCCAUUCAGGGUCAGCCGUGCUUCUGUAAAUACGCGCAGGGCGCCGACAGCGUGGAGCCCAUGUUCAGACAUCUCAAGUAUACGUACCAGGGCCUCCAGCUGGUUGUAGUCAUCCUACCAGGGAAGACGCCCGUCUACGCUGAAGUGAAACGUGUAGGAGACACAGUCCUCGGUAUGGCCACGCAGUGCGUGCAGGUGAAGAACGUCCAGAAGACGACACCGCAGACGCUCUCCAACCUCUGCCUGAAGAUCAAUGUCAAGCUUGGCGGCGUCAACAACAUCCUGCUUCCUCAGGGACGGCCGUUGGUGUUUCAGCAGCCUGUCAUCUUUCUUGGCGCUGAUGUCACUCAUCCUCCUGCAGGAGAUGGAAAGAAGCCCUCUAUUGCAGCUGUUGUAGGCAGCAUGGACGCUCAUCCCAGUCGAUACUGCGCCACCGUUCGUGUACAGCAGCACCGACAGGACAUCAUCCAAGACCUGGCCACCAUGGUCAGAGAGCUGCUUAUCCAGUUCUACAAGUCCACCCGCUUCAAGCCCACCAGAAUCAUCUAUUACCGUGAUGGCAUCUCUGAGGGCCAGUUCAACCAGGUUCUUCAGCACGAACUGCUUGCAAUCCGAGAAGCCUGCAUCAAGCUGGAGAAGGACUACCAGCCUGGUAUCACCUUUGUAGUAGUCCAGAAAAGACACCAUACCAGGCUCUUCUGUACAGACCGAAACGAAAGGGUUGGAAAGAGUGGCAACAUUCCCGCGGGCACAACAGUAGACACCAAAAUCACUCACCCAUCCGAAUUUGACUUCUAUCUUUGCAGUCAUGCUGGCAUACAGGGUACCAGCAGGCCAUCUCACUACCACGUGCUCUGGGACGACAAUCACUUCUCUUCUGACGAGCUGCAAGUGCUCACGUACCAGCUGUGCCACACAUACGUGCGCUGCACCCGUUCCGUUUCCAUCCCGGCGCCCGCCUAUUACGCUCACCUCGUGGCUUUUCGCGCCCGCUAUCACUUGGUGGACAAGGAGCACGACAGUGCCGAGGGUAGUCACACAUCAGGUCAGAGCAACGGGCGUGACCAACAGGCCUUGGCCAAAGCUGUUCAGAUCCACCAGGACACACUGCGCACGAUGUACUUCGCCUGAGAGUUCAGGCCGCCGGGUCGGCGUGGGUGCGACACCCCCCCACCCCCACUGAGGCAACACACUACCUUGCUGUCGGCUGUGUGCUUUUACUGUGUGAUGUCCCUUUCUAAAACACCUGGCAGGUACCCGAGCCUAACCCACUGUCUGUAAGUUGCAAAACAAGUCCUCUCUAUGGUGAGCUAUAUAUAUAUAUAUUUGUAUAUGUUGUGAGAAAAUAUGUCGCAAAGUAUGAAAGGAAUAUUAUUCCAAAUGGUGCUUUAUGGAUUAGGACAAGCACCUCAACUCCCUCUGUUUUUUUUUUUUGUUUUAAAUCCUAUUUGAGGGGGCAUUUUCAUUUGCUCCUCAGAUGCAUAUUAUUCAACAGCCAAUCGAAGUGCACUCUCAAGAAAGGGUACUUAAAAAUGCAAGUGCUUAAGACUUUCACAUCAGGCACUAUAAGAAAGAUGGAAGUGCCAUUACGAGACCACCUUCGAUCAUGUUUGUUUUACUAUUUGAUCCACGUCUUUUUUCUAGUAUUUGUCCCCGGUGGUCAUGCUAUGCCAAAUCUGGGACAAUUAACCAUUUUAGGUCUUGAUAUCAACUCUUGAACCGACACUUAGAAUAUUCCAGGGCUCUUAAUAUUUUCAUAGAUACAACAUAGCUAUCUGUUUUAAUGAGGUUUUUUUUCUCGCAACCCAACGGCCGUGCUGAAAUCAUGUAUUGGGACCGGUUCCCAGAAAACAUACCUUUUUUUUUUUAGAUGUACUCUGAGCCGUGUUUAUAAGACGCACGAUGUACAAAUCAAUGCAGGGAGCAGAAACAAUCAUUUGUUUUGCUCCCUUGUUGUUUUUAUAGAAUGUUUUUAAUUUCAGUUAAACUUUCUAACAAAUAUGCAUGUUUUAGAAACGUAGAUUUGUUUUUUUUCCCCCCCCCUCCCAUAUGUUGGUGCGGCGUUUCCAUAGCGAUGCAUUUGGUACAGUAGCCUCAAAGUUGCAACAUUUCCGAGAUCAAAUUCUUUCUAAAAACAACCGAAAGCAUUUUUGUCGCACACCGGCAUUGUUUUAUGCAAAACGACUUUUCUCUUGAGUCUUUUAAUGAUGAAGCAACUCAGCUAUAUUUUGAAUAAAUCUUCAGUGGAGACUGCCGAAAUAGGAAAAAAAGAAAUUCAACCGGCCCAAGAGAUAAUUUUAAGUAACACUAUUUGUGUAUAGAGUCCAAUGAAAAUAUUCUCUUGCCUUUCAAGACUGUUUACGGUCAUUCUAUAGACAUUUUCUAUUGUCCACUUUUAUCAAGUUUAAGCUAGCGAAUGUUCAUUGUCUCGAAUGGGGUGGAUGUCGUCUCAACUUCGAACUAUGCAUUGUUUUUAACCACGAGAUUUAGCGGAGGGGACAUCUCACCUCAAUCUGGAGUUUUUUAUCGAUGUAGAUAGCGCAUUUAGUAGUUUGGAAUCAUGUCGCUUUUAGUCGUGUCGCUUUUUUUGCGCGGUCCUUUGAAACGAUUUUUAUAGCUUGACAAUUGGGCCUGCUCUCAGCCAAAUAAGAUUACAAAAACCUCUCACGAUAAUGACUCAAAAGCACAAAAAGAACCCUGUGCGAGAUGUUUUCACUGUAAACCACCAUCACUGGACCGGCCCACGCGUUGUAUUUUUAAAUUUCUUUUUUUUUUUUUUGACCCCCAGACGUGUGUUUUGGAAGGAAAACAAUUGAGACUUGUUCUUCCCAUCUUACUAGCAGAAAUCCGACUGACUGUGUUUGCGGGGCAUUCAGAACACCACGUACUUGAUCUUUCCUGUUGAUGUCAAUCUUGUACUUCUUGGUGCUCGUCUCAAAGCAUGUACAUGUGGAUGCACUUUUGAUAGCAUAGCAUUGGUAUGUGCUCCAGUGGAUGUGUGUGAGUGUAUCUAUCUGUGUGAGAGAAACGGGAGUCUUGGCCAUAUUGUGACACUGGUGUAAUUGUACGGAAAUGGCCUCGUGUUCUACCUCUUGUUACCUGUUCAAGUGUUAUGGUAACAUCACACUGCCGGCCAUUUCUGCAUAAUUGCCCCUGCUAUCAAUCUAAAUGGCAUUGAUUUUUAUUUUAGGUGCGUUCUGUUUUUUUUUUUUUUUGUACGUGUUUGUAUUGUCAUAGUUCAACUCAUAAUGCGGAGCGGGGUUGUGUUUUUAUUUCUUGAAGGGGCUUUAGCAUCGAGCUGCACGACCAAAUUCUUGAACUGCGUCGCUACUCGCUCACAGCUUUUCCUUUUAUCGAUUUUUCUCUAUGCACAGUGACGCAGAAGUUUUUAUUUUCAUUUGCCACCCUGAUCCAUUUCGACACAGGACAAUUCAAUCAUGGCUUGUGAAUCAUUUUGAAAUGAAGUAUGCCGCAUCAGAGGAAAA